AUGACCUCGCUGUCCUCGACCCUGCAUCCGGGCUCGGGCUCAUCGUGCAGAGCAUUGCCAGGGGAGGAGAGUCGGUCGUUACUGCCAAAAGCCUCUCUGCUGCAGAUUCUCCGGGACGGCGGCGCUCAAGAGAAGGUUUUCACGCUGAAGGAGGUCAUGCACUACCUUGGCCAAUACAUUAUAGUAAAGGAACUGUAUGAUAAACAAAGGCAGCACAUUGUCCAUUGUCAAGAUGACCCUCUUGGAGAGCUGAUGGAGGUUGAGAGUUUUUCUGUUAAAAACCCAAGCCCUGUCUAUGAGAUGCUGAAGAGGAAUUUGUUUAAUUUGAAUGACGCAGCAAAGAAUGUUUCAGUCGGCAAGGAUUCUAAUGAGUCUCCCUGUGAAGAUCCUGGUGAGGUAAAGCGACAGCUUGUGCAUAGGAGACGCGCUGUUCGUCUGCCCCUUUCAUGGCAAAUGGCAGAAACCUCACAGAUCCUCACUGACGACUUAGUUUCCUUCUCUGCCCCGUCGCUUUCUCAGGCUGGUCGGCAGCUCCGUUUGCCACUCACCAGCCUUCUCCACACUUUCCCCAUCUGUCCCACACCUUCCUACCCGUCAGCCACAGCCCAGGGGUCGAUGUGUGGCUACACCUUUUUGGCAGAGGGUGGGACGUGCAGGGAGGAGCUUAGAACACAGGAACAGGAUUUCAACUCGCCUCUGCAGCGCUACUGCCCGCGGCUUGCGCCCUCUGUCUCCGUGCCGGACAUCGCCGCCUGCAGCCCGUUCCUCCCCACCCACAAGGACGAGGACACCAGCGGUGUGGAUGUGCCCGACUGCUCGCGGACCGUGUCCGACCCCGUCGUCCUCUCUUCCCACCAGGUGUCCCGCACCCUGCUGCCCCGCUGCGGCGGCUCACCCAAGGGGAAGGCUCCCGCGCGGGCUGCGCCGGGCACCCAGAAGCGCGAGAACCAGGAGCUGCUGGACGGCAAGGCCAAGGGCGGGCGCCAGGCUCUGCUGGAGCCGUGCCGGCUGUGCCGCGUGCGGCCCCGCGACGGCAACAUCAUCCAUGGCUGCACUGCCCACAUGAUCACCUGCUUCUCCUGCGCGCGCAAGCUGCACCGCUUCCACAUGCCCUGCCCUGGCUGCGGCCAGGUCAUCCAGAAGGUCAUCAAGGUGUUCAUAGCCUAA